AUGAUUUUGCCCCUCACGCAUUUUCCCCGCCAAUUGCAUCACCGGAUUUCAUUUCCUAGGGCUCCGAAUCUCUCCUGCGAGCCGGAACCCUAAUUUCACCCCCUGAAUUGGCCGGAGAUCUCCGACAUUCCUCGCCGGAGCGGUUGAAUUCAUGCUCUCGAGCUUGACCUGCACCUCCCGGACUCGAUUCCCAGUCGAACGAUGAAUAACCCCAGCAGUUCGGGCUCGGGUUUGAGCUACAGGGGCAUCGGACUGCCCAACACUAUUCACUCCGACGUUGCUCCGUGCCUGCCGCUGCCAUCACUGCCGGUGUUCUGUGGUUCGUCCGAUCCCGAACUUAGGUUGUUCGAUGAGCCCGCUGGUGUCAGCAGCAGCAGUAGCAGCAGGUUCUCGAAUCGCAGUGGGAUCCUCGCUCAAGCAAGUAAAAUUGCAGCUCUGCUCCGAGAAACCGAUGUUUCUUACUUAAAUCUUAGAGAAGAUUCAAGAGUAAUGUCACAUGGUGAUAUCGAGCCGUUAGCCCUUUAUGAAGAGGUUCUGCGCCACAAUCCUGAAGCAUUUGAAUACAGUGUUCCAGGUCGCCCCAAAGAGCAGAUCCCAGUUAGUAAAUUGCAUGACAAGAAGCCUAUUGAACCUAGUGUAUUGGCUAGUCAAGCACAGACAGACUUGGAUGAAAGCAGGGCUCAACAGCUUAAUCAUUUCCUUGCCAAUGACGUUUCUACGUCUUCUAAAAAGCCAAAAGUUAAGAAGAAAGUGCAUGACGAAGUCCCGUCAGUUCCGCAAGAUCCUGUUGAACUUCAAGAUGACAUAAUCGGGAGCUUUUGUGAGGUGUUGGAGGAUUUCUGUGGCAGAGCUGAGAUUAUUGGAGAUGAGAGGGAUGAAGCAGAGUGGCUUUCGUUGCCCCUGUCUGAUAUUAGAACACUUGUGAAUGAAAUUAUGUCUAUUCGUGCAAAGAAGCUUCUACAUCGGGUAGAUGUAAAUAUUCUUGUUAGACUUCUGAAGGUACUAGAUCAUCAGAUACAUCGAGCAGAAGGAUUGUCCAUUGAUGAAAUGGAUUCUUCAGAUUCAGAUGCACUUUCAUCUGUUCUAUGUGCAUUGGAGUCCAUACAUGCAGCUCUAGCUGUGAUGUCUCACAGGCAGAUGCCAAAACAGCUUUAUAGUGAAGAGAUCAUUGAAAGAAUUCUGGAAUUCUCUAGGCAUCAGAUAACGGGUAUCAUGUAUGUCUAUGAUCCAUCCUAUCGGGCCUUGCACAAGCCUAGUGACAAUGGUGUGGCUGAAGGUUAUGAAGAUGACGAGCUUGAUGCUGAUUUUAGUUCUGGCAAGAGGCGACGCAGUGUGAAGAGUGUUAAAAUGAGGAAAUCUGCUGUGAACAAGGUCUCAUCAGCAGCUAAUACCGUGCUUCAGAAACUGUGUACUAUUCUUGGUCUACUCAGGGAUCUACUGUUGAUAGAGAAGCUAUCAGAUAGUUGUAUUCUGCAGUUGGUGAGGACAAGCUUUACCACAUUUUUGGUGGAUAAUGUUCAGCUUUUGCAGCUGAAAGCCAUUGCUUUAACUAGUGCGAUAUUUUAUUCGUACAAUCAACAUCGCUCUUAUGUGAUCGAUGAAAUGCUUCAGUUGCUGUGGAAGUUACCCUCCUCAAAGCGAGCACUUCGAGCCUAUCUGCUGCCUGAUGAGGAUCAAAGGCAGAUUCAGAUGGUUACUGCUUUGCUGAUUCAAUUGGUUCACUGUAGCGCUAACCUUCCUGAAGCUAUGAGGGAUGCAUCUAGCAUUAAUGCCAUUAUGGAAGCCCCUACUGAUUUUAGUCACUUGGCCAAAUGCCAUGAAGCUGUCACAGAGGCUUGUUGUCUCUUUUGGACCCGUGUACUUCAGCGUUUUACUAGUGCAAAGCCUCAGGAUGCAUCUGAGGUGAAAGUUUUGAUGGAAAAUCUUGUGAUGGAUCUGAUGACGACAUUGAACUUGCCUGAAUAUCCAGCUUCAGCUCCCAUUCUUGAGGUGUUCUGCGUCCUUCUACUCCAGAAUGCUGGCUUGAAAUCUAAAGAUGUCUCUGCUCGGUCUAUGGCAAUUGAUUUACUUGGUACGAUUGCUGCUCGAUUGAAGCGUGAUGCUGUUAUUCACAAGCUGGACAAAUUUUGGAUAGUGCAAGAGUUAAAUGAUGGAGAAGAUGUUACUGAAGAUUAUCCACAGGACCUAUGCUUUAUUUGUUUGGAUGGCAGGGUUGAAAAGUUGUUGUUUACAUGUCAAAGUUGUCAACGAUCAUCCCACUCUGAUUGCAUGGGUAUGAGGGAGCAGGAGGUACCAAAUCAUAGUUGGAAUUGCCAAUUUUGCGUCUGCAAGAAGCAACUUAUGGUUCUGCAAUCGUACUGCGAAACACAACGCAAGGACAACAAAAAGAAUAGUUCUGAUCCUUAUGGUCCUAUCACAAAGAUUGAAAUUGUUCAGCAGUUGCUUCUGAAUUACCUCCAAGAUUCUGCUUCUGCUGACGACUUACACCUGUUUGUUCGCUGGUUCUAUCUCUGCCUGUGGUGCAAGGAUGAUCUGAAGUCUCAACAGAAGUUCUUUUACUACCUUGCCCGACUGAAAUCGAAAGCAAUAGUGCGUGAUUCUGGUUCAGGGUAUUCAUUGUUGACAAGAGAUUCAGUGAAGAAGAUCACUUUAGCCCUGGGACAAAAUAAUUCUUUUUCCAGAGGGUUCGAUAAAAUUCUUCACAUGCUUCUGGCAAGUCUCAGGGAAAACUCUCCAGUAAUUAGGGCCAAGGCCUUACGAGCAGUCAGUAUUAUUGUUGAGGCUGACCCUGAGGUGUUGUGCGACAAUCGUGUGCAAUUGGCUGUAGAAGGGAGAUUCUGUGACUCUGCAAUAUCUGUAAGGGAAGCUGCAUUGGAGCUUGUCGGUCGGCAUAUUGCAUCACAUCCUGACGUUGGUUUGAAGUAUUUUGAGAAGGUUGCAGAAAGAAUAAAAGAUACUGGAGUCAGUGUUCGUAAGCGUGCAAUCAAAAUAAUCCGGGACAUGUGCACUGCUAGUGACAAUUUCUCUGAAUUUACUAGUGCCUGCAUUGAGAUCAUUGUGCGGGUUACUGAUGACGAGUCUAGUAUUCAGGAUCUUGUUUGUAAGACAUUUUACGAGUUUUGGUUUGAGGAACCUUCUGGUGGACAGGCUCGAUUCUACAGCAAUGGAAGUUCUGUUCCUAUGGAAGUUGCUAAAAAGACUGAGCAAAUUGUUGACAUGUUGAGGAGGAUGCCAAAUUACCAACUCCUUGUCUCUGUCAUUAAGCGCAAUUUGGCGCUUGAUUUUUUCCCACAAUCGGCAAAAGCUGCUGGAAUUAACCCGGUUUUGCUUGCAUCAGUUCGUAAGCGCUGCGAGUUAAUGUGCAAGUGCUUACUGGAAAAGAUAUUGCAGGUGGAGGAAUCAACAAGUGAGGAAGUGGAGGUGAGGACGCUCCCCUAUGUACUGGUUUUGCAUGCACUUUGUGUUGUGGAUCCAACACUUUGUGCACCAGCUUCCGAUCCUUCCCAAUUUGUUGUCACUUUGCAACCUUAUUUGAAGAGCCAGGGAGAUAACAGAGCUGUUGCGCAGUUAUUGGAAAGCAUAAUCUUCAUAAUUGAUUCCGUUUUGCCUUUGCUUCGGAAGUUACCGCAAAGUGUUAUUGAAGAAUUAGAACAAGAUUUGAAGCACAUGAUUGUUCGGCAUUCUUUCUUGACAGUUGUCCAUGCCUGCAUCAAAUGCCUAUGCUCUGUCACAAAAGUUGCUGGAAAGGGAUCCAGUGUUAUUGAAUAUCUUGUUCAGGUGUUUUUCAAACAUUUGGAUUCCCAAGGUGUUGAGAGCAAGCAGCAACUAGGUCGGUCUCUUUUUUGUCUUGGUCUGCUUAUCCGCUAUGGAAAUUCCCUUUUGUCUUCCUCUAGUAAGAAAAGGAUUGAUGUUGCGAGCAGCCUUAGCUUGUUUAAAAGAUAUCUUCAGAUGGAUGACUUUGUUUUGAAGGUUAGAUCUUUGCAGGCUUUGGGCUUUGUGCUAAUUGCUAGGCCUGAAUUUAUGUUGGACAAGGAUGUUGGCAACAUUCUAGAGGCAACAUUCUCCUCUGAUGCUGAUUCCCGCCUCAAGGUGAGGAGUAUCUUGUACUUGCUAGUUUCUGCCCAUGUCAUCUUCUAUCAGCAAUUAAUCUUUCAUAUUUUAAUUGACUUUUUCCAUUAUCAGAUGCAAGCAUUGCAAAACAUGUAUGAGUAUCUUCUUGAUGCUGAAAGCCAAAUGGGAACAGAAAGGGCUGGGGAUACUGCAACUCCUUACCCCGAAGAAGCCAACUCUAGCGUACCUGUCGCUGCAGGUGCAGGAGAUACUAAUAUAUGUGGGGGUAUCAUUCAGUUAUAUUGGGAUAAAAUAUUGGAUAGGUGCAUCGACUUUAAUGAACAAGUUCGUCAGACUGCUCUCAAGAUUGUGGAGGUUGUUCUGCGUCAGGGUCUUGUUCAUCCUAUCACCUGUGUUCCAUACCUUAUAGCACUUGAAACUGAUCCCCAGGAGGCAAAUUCAAAGCUGGCUCAUCAUUUGCUGAUGAAUAUGAAUGAGAAGUACCCAGCCUUUUUUGAAAGUCGGUUAGGAGAUGGCCUUCAGAUGUCAUUUAUUUUUAUACAAGUCAUUAAUGGAGCUUCCUCUGAAGAUGCCAGCCAGAGUAAUUUCAAGGGUCCUGGAAAUACGAGGGGGAAGUCUGACGGGGCUGCAUUAGCCCAAGCUAGGCUUGGAGUCUCACGGAUCUACAAGCUUAUUCGUGGAAAUCGAGUUUCUAGAAACAAAUUUAUGGCUUCAAUUGUGCGCAAAUUUGAUAACCCCGCAUGGAAUGAUUCAGUGGUGCCUUUUUUAAUGCACUGUACAGAAAUACUUGCUUUAUUACCAUUCACCGUGCCUGAUGAGCCGCUCUAUUUGAUUUAUUCUAUAAAUCGAAUAAUACAAGUUAGGGCUGGUGCCAUUGAGGCAAACUUGAAGGCAUUUUGUUCGAGAUUGUUUUCAAGAGGAAGCCAGGAAACAGGCCAUGGUAAUGGAAGUAUCCAACAGGAGCAAGUUGCUCAACCUUUGUUUGGUAACUUAAGAGCUGUAGAUCUGAAUGGGACAAUUCAGUCAGGGUCGUUUUUUCAGCCAGUUCAAGGCCAUGUGGGAUCACUGGAUCUGAAUGGCAGAACCCUGCCUGAGGCGGUUGAUAAAUCUAGUGCUAACGGCAGUGCUUAUACUGAAGGAGAAGCCCAUUUUCCGGGUUCAAGUGAACCUCGUGGAAUAUCUGGUGACGACCUGCAGAAAAUCCAGGUGGACUGUCUAGCUGCUACUGCCUUGCAGCUCCUGCUGAAGCUAAAAAAGCACUUGAAGAUUACAUAUACUCUCAACGAUGCUCGGUGCCAGGCUUUCUCUCCGACUGAACCUCUGAAACCGGGUGAUGUUCUCACAAAGCAGAAUAUUCCCUUCAAUCUCAGCGGCACACGAAGUGAUUUGCCUUUGACUCCACAAGAAGUAUUUCAAAGAUAUCAGGAAUUCAAGAAUGCGCUGAGGGAAGACACCAUAGACUAUGGCGUUUACACAUCGAACAUUAAGCCCAAAAGGACAGCUUCUAGGAGAGGGUCUAAACGAGCAGCAGUGGCAGAUGAAGAAGACUAUGACGACGAGGAUUACGCAGGGGCUGCCCGCAUAACAAGCAGUGGCAGGAGAGGCAGUUACAGGACAAGGCAGCGGUGCUAAGUAGUGUCUGUAAAUAACAGGUUAGGACUAACAUCUGUACAUCCUUCGUAACGGUUAGGAUCUUUAUGGUAGAAAAGAACAGAGGGCAGGACAGAGAAAUAGGAAAAAGUACCCGGAAAGAGAACUGGAGCCCAAAGGAGCUCGGUCACAUCCGGAUCCAGUGAUUGAGCAUAUUGCAUCUAGUUCCAGCUUUAUAAGAUUAGGCAUUAUAGUGGAAGUCGAUUCUUUCUUUUGUUUACUAGAUUUCAUCCCGAUUUUCUGGAGGUAGUUCUGGGCCUCUGUUGGGCUGUGUAUUGGAUUGUGGUGUUCUCUCUUACAAUGUAUAUUACAUUGCUGUGGAAAUACGGGUUGAUAUGGCAAAAGAAUAUGUUAGCCUUAGAUUCCGUUUGUUUCA